CACGCUGAAACCUCGAGGCGUAACCCUGUUACCUGAAUCGCGACCCCGAGUAAUCAUACAGCGUAUAUACAAACAGGACGAAACUUUUAGCGUCCCAGACUUCAUUAAUUUUCCAGCCGUUAUAUAUAUCGAAAUGGGUCAAUGGAUUGUUAUCACCAGCGCCCUCUUGCUUUUGUUUUCCAUUGUAUUUGCGGACAUGAUGCGUAAGAGCAUUGUCUUCGACCUCAAAACUCCCAAAGUGUUCUACUGUCCUCAGGAAAAGCCAACAGGGAUGGAAAAGAUGUUUGUUAAAGCCCGCUCACUAUACAAGUUGUGUGAAUUUAGGGGGAAAGGUAUCCCAAAGUAUUACAAGUCAGAUUGUUACAACGACGUAGAUGAGACUGAGUAUGCUUGUAAAGAAAAACGUCGUAUCAUGAUGCAACUAAAUCCUCCAAAUGGCUAGAUUUCACUAUUGCGGCAAAACAAAGAAGCAGAAGCCAAUGACCAAGAAAGCCAUCUUUUCACAACCCUAAAGAUUAUUAUUGUUAAACCUAGUUUAUUAAGAUAUUAAAUACCUUUUAUAAAAUGCACCACCAAGUAGUGGCUUGGGAAUGGUUGAGGCUUAAAUUGUUAGUUAGAAGAUAACUUGAAUGGGAAAUGAAGAAAACUUAUAACAAGUUUAAUACAGUAAAAAAUGUACAUUUGUUAUUAUGUUAAAGUUGUUUUCAUUUACCAUUCAAGUUUGAUGCAAAGUGGAUUUUAAUAUACAUUAACUCUGGUAAGCAACUAUUUUCAUAACAUUUAAACACAUCUACGAG